CUGGGACUAACGCGUGACCACGCCGGUUUCCAUAGCGACACGAUUAGGCUCAAACAAAGCAGCCUCGCUAACUCACGGUUCGCUCAAAAACUUAUUUAACGCUAAAUUUGUUAGCUAGUUCGCAUUUUUAACAUUGCUGCAAACACCGAAAGACUGAUGGCUCUGGUCACUGCUGUGGGCUGAACGCUUGGCUGAAGCUGAAAAGGAUCCUCGGUGAAGCAGAAUCAGUGACAAGCCGCCAUGGUACGUCUGACCAUAGAUCUGAUCGCUAAAUCUAGAAACCACUUCAAAAAGAAAAGGGGCCUUUCCUUCCCACACUACCUGAAGACACUCACCCACCUCCACUUUUCUAGCCGGAAUAUUGACGAUAUUGGUGAUCUUUCCAUGUGUAGAAACCUCACUGUUCUUUACCUGUAUGACAAUCACAUCACACAAAUUUGUAACCUUGGGUUUGCCUCCAACCUCACCCAUCUGUAUAUGCAGAACAAUGAGAUCACUCAUAUAGACAAUCUCUCUAAUCUGCAGAGGCUCUCCAAACUGUAUCUUGGUGGAAACAGGAUUGCAGUGGUGGAGGGCUUAGAGCAGCUCCGCGAGCUCAAGGAGCUUCAUCUGGAGAAUCAAAGGCUGACACCAGGGGAAAAGUUGCUCUUUGACCCCAGGACUCUCAUCUCCCUGGCUGAAUCUCUGUGUGUGAUGAAUAUCAGUAACAACAACAUUGAUGACCUGAGAGACUUGGCAGUGCUGAAGGAACUCCAGCGUUUUUCAGCCACUGACAAUAAAUUGCAAAAUAUAGAGAAUCCUCUAUUUGAUACCCUAAACCACCAGUGCUUAAGUUUCCAGAAGACUCAUCUGCAGGAGUUAGAGGACGUGUUCAGCCACUGGCCUCAGCUGCUUCAGAUGGAGUUGGAUGGAAAUCCUGUGUGUAAAAUACCAAAGUACAGAGACCACCUGAUUACCGCAUGCAGAAACCUUGAGGUUCUCGAUGGAAGAGAAAUUAAUGAGUUAACCAGACAGUUUCUUAUUAACUGGAAAGCAUCGAAGGAGAGCAAGAAGAAAAAAACAAUCAAACAACUGCUGAUCACCUAUCCCUUAACAGAUGACUUUGACACGGAUCAGGGUCCUGGUCACAUCCACACUAACAUGCAGAGAUGGAAGCCACAGCAGCCUCUCAGGUCCAGAAUCCCAGCUCACACAGACCUCAGUUACAACGAGAGAAGACACAUUUUUGACUGAAAUGAUUUAACUGUUGACACAAAAUUCUCAGUGUUAUAUCAUUUCAGCUAUAGCCUACAACCAGCUGUCAUAUAGAAUGUAUAUGCAAUAUAAAACAUAUAUAUUUUGACUGCUGCUAACAGAUGUUACCCCACAUUCUGAUCUAUCUUACAAUUCUCCCCAAAAGUCAAGACAUGUUUUUCAGAUUAGGUUUAUGGAAAAAUUUUAUUGUCAUCACUGUGCCUUGAUUAACUGUGUCUGUCAACCUCUAGUGAACAUUCAGUAAAUGUUAAGCCACAGCAGUCUUAGUGGAAAACAUCUAUGAUUGCUGACCAGUGAUCUGAUGAUGUUUGGUCUUGGUUUUCUCCAAUCUUACAGGGUACAAAAAUUAAAGAUUCUAUGAGUGGACAGCUGUUUCAUCAGCCGUCUAUAGUGGUGCAGACGCUUAAGCCGAACCAACCAGUCGUUUGAUUUCUCCACCCGCAGACAAAGACUAACACCCUUGGCUAGACACUUCAGUCAUAAUGGCUGCAGAUCUGUUAUUCUUAGCAAGACAGAGAAACAGUCACUGUCACCCACUCACUGUGACAUCUAAAGCUUUUUAGAGUCACUUCCAUAUCCUUCACUUUGUUGAUUAUAUAGUCUGCCUUACCUGGUUUAAAAAAUAUUAAUAAAAAUACAUUUUAUUGUCAACAUAUGUGUGUAGAAUGACUCUGUAAUAAUACAGUAACUAACCCUGCAUUGCUACAACAGAGUCCAUAAGGCUGAAAUGGUUCACUUUUUGUUAAAAAAGAUGAAUGAACGAUUUUCACUUUUCUUUCCCUCACUGCACCCAGAUCAUUUCUAAAUACAUUUCUGGAUCACCUACCCAACUACAGUUACUUGCUCAUAGGUCUACAUUUUCUGUUCUUCUGUAUGUAUUUUGGGAAAUAAGUGAAUCAUAAGAUGCAGAGUGGCACAAUGAUCUCUU